UAAGAGCAAGAUAAAUACAAUGACUUUGGUUCAAGCAAGUACAAGUGUGACAAAAUACGAUUCAAUAAUACAGCUGAUAGCAGUGUCAGUGAUACUUACAUCAGGAUAUAAUUAAAUACAAAAUACUACAGAUUAAAUAACACUUGGUAGAUUACAGUAAUCUAAAGUACAGGAUUAAAUGCAGUAAAAUAGGAGGCAGAUAAGAGCAAGUAAAGUGCAUUUAAGGAAGGGUGAUAAGUGUCCCAGGGGAAAAACAGAGUAGUUCUACAGGUGCUUUCUGAAGAGGUGAGUCUUGAGGAGGUGCCGAAAUGUGGUCAGGGACUGGGCAGUCCUGACAUCUGUAGGAAGGUCAUUCCACCACUGUGACAUUCCACCACUGCCUUUUUUUUUAAACAAAUUCUGCUGCCAGAUAACUUUAAUGAAGGUAAAUUAAUUACAUUUAGCAUGCUCAUAUUCUGUGCUGUUUGGAUCACCUUUAUCCUGGCUUAUAUGAGUUGUAGAGCUGUAGAGAUAUUUGCUACUUUCUAUAUUUUUGCUCUCAAAUGUUACGUUAUAUUACUGAAACCUGAGAAGAAUACAAAAAAAAAACAUUUGAUGGAUGCUAUAUUCUAAAACCUAAACAGAUAACAUUUUACUUGAGUUUAUAGCUUACUGUAUUACAUUCACAAUAUUAUAGGUUAAUAAUAUAUUCAGAAUACAACGUUAUUUUUUUUAAAUAACCCAUCAAACUUCUUAAGAUGAUUUCAAUCAAGAGAAGCUGCUAAUACAAAUGAGCCCCUUCCCUUCUCAAAUCUGUUUUACAGUACUGUAUGCAGCAUGUCUGUUUUCAUCAUCUGUGCUGUUGAUGCUCACUGGGAUGCAAUAGGUCCUGCCACUCACAGGAACACAGUAUUAGCACCUUACACAGAAAUACUUUCUCCCAUCUGAAUUACAAUAAUAUUAAUUUGUGUAUCUUUUGAUUAUCCCAUGAUACAGUAUGUGUUCUAAAUCACCAUAUAUUUAUGUUUUAGCUCUGACUAGUAUGUUUUACCUUUGGGACAGUCUCUGAUCAAGCCCUAAGUCUGUUUUAAAAUGAUCACUAGUCAUUUCUUCAAUAGAAAUUAUCAGACAAACUCACUGGUUCAGGGGGAAUGAAUUGACCGGCACAUACACCAAGUGCACCCCUGUGGACAUUUUUACACUGGUCUCAAAAACAUUUUAAGAUGAACAUUUCCACCUUGCACGCUAUUGCUCAGAGACUGUCAUAAAAAUGCUGGUGACUUUACAAAACAUGGUAAAUGGGAAACAGUAAUAAAUGAAGACGAAAUGUGAACAAAAACAAAACAUACCCAGGGGCAUAAUCAACAGAAUGUAUUCCAUAUACCACCAGAUUCCAAGACUCUUAAUAUCUCUGAUCUCAACUGAAUAUGUACUGCUGUAGAGACACGCAACAGAGAUUGUGAGAUAUGGAUGGUGCCGCUAUACUGUAAAUCCCUGCAAUGGAUUCUAAUAUUCAAUAACUUUUGCUAAAGAAUACAAUUAAACUAUACAGUUCUCUAGAAAUACGUAAGACUGUACAUUGUUACAUGCUGCAUGUCUAAUAUACCCAGUGGGAGAUAAUAUAUUGUGUUUGGUCAUUUUUAUUUUUAUUUUUUUUAAACUCCAGCAAGGUCAUUGUAGCAAUCACUAAGUGCUCUGAUUAAUUGCAAGUUCAUACCUACAGCAAGUUUAUGAUUACAAUUCAGUUGGUCUUCCAGAUUAAAAAUUGAUUUUACCUUUGAGAAUACACGAUUUGAGAGUAAGAACUUAACUUGGGUAAUUUAAUCUCAGGUGAUUUCACAACAUACUAUUUAAACUCAUGAAGUCAUAGUUUUGCAAGUCUGAUCAGAAAGACCAUUUUGAAAUGCUACUCCUGUUCGUCGUAUUAACUGCUCGCUUAACAAGGGCAGAAGAGACUCUUUGCAGGUUACAAGGAACACAAGUUCAGUCUCAUUUUUCAAAGGAUGCAGACAUUAUAAUUGGAGGAAUCUUUUCAUUUCAUGACAGUUUUCUUGAUGCCAAACCCACAUAUAAUGUCACCCCUGAACCACCAAGAUGCAAAGGUUUAAAUCUAAGAGAAUUUCAGUUUGCUCAGAGUAUGAUCUUUGCCAUUGAAGAAAUAAAUAACAGUUCAGAGCUACUUCCUAGUGUUUCUCUGGGCUACAAGUUAUAUGAUGAUUGUUGUUCCACACUUAUGGCUAUAAGAGCAGCAUUGGCUCUAGUAAAUGGACAGGAAGAAGGAACGGAUCUCAACUCCUGCACCAAACAAUCUACUGUUCCUGCUUUUAUAGGACAUUCUGGGUCAUCAUCAAGCAUAGGAGUCGCAACAACUCUUAGACCUUUUCAAAUUCCAAUGAUAAGUUAUUUUGCAACCUGUGCAUGUCUCAGCAACAAAAAGGAGUUUCCUUCGUUUUUCAGAACCAUACCAAGUGAUUAUUAUCAAAGCAGAGCCCUGGCACAGCUUGUGAAGCAUUUUGGAUGGACUUGGAUUGGGGCAAUUAGAAAUGAUGAUGACUAUGGGAACACAGGAAUGGCUACCUUUGUGAAAGCAGCCCAAGAGGAGGGGGUUUGCAUUGAAUAUUCAGAGACUAUUUACAGAACGUAUCCAAGAGAAAAACUAAUUAAAACUGUAGAUGUUAUAAAAAAGUCAUCUUCAAAGGUUAUUGUAGCUUUCACUGCUUACCUAGAUCUUGAGGUUUUGCUUAAAGAACUGUUGCUUCAGAAUGUUACUGGAUUUCAGUGGGUAGGCACUGAAGCUUGGACUUCUGCCGAAUCUCAUAAAAGAGAAGCAGGUUACAGAGUUCUUGGUGGGGUAAUUGGACUUACUGUCAGGAAUGCAAAAAUAACAGGAUUGAAAGAAUUUUUACAGCAUGUUCGGCCAUCUUAUACACCCGGGAACAUGGGUUUGAACACAUUCUGGGAAUCCAUUUUUAGUUGUACCUUGCCUUCUCAAGAAAAGACUGCAACAGUUAAUCCAUGCACAGGAUCAGAGAGUUUCGAAUACAUAAACAAUCAGUACACUGAUGUAUCUGAUCUGAGGAUUACCAAUAAUGUCAAUAAAGCAAUGUAUGCUAUAGCCCAUUCACUACACAAUCUGAUUACGUGCAAAAAUGGACCUUUUGCAGAUAUGCCAUGUGCAAACGAUAUGAAGAUUGAACCACGGCAGGUACUACAUUAUCUGAAAACAGUUAAUUUCACUAUCAAGAGUGGAGAGAGUGUUUAUUUUGACGAGAAUGGGGAUCCAGCAGCAAGAUAUGAAGUAAUAAACUGGCAGCUCAAUGAAGAGGGCAAAACGCAAUUUGUAACAGUUGGCCUCUAUGAUGAAUCUUUGCCGGAAGGACAAAAGAUUGUAAUGAAUAACUUCAGCAUUGCUUGGGCAGAUGGCCAACAUGAGGUGCCUAGAUCAGUGUGCAGUGAGAGCUGUCCUCCAGGCACUCGGAAGGCUGUUCAGAAAGGAAAGCCUAUUUGCUGCUUUGACUGCAUACCGUGUGCUGCAACAGAAAUCAGCAAUACAACUGAUUCCAUUGAUUGUGUGAAGUGCCCUUUGGAAUACAUGUCGAAUGAGCAAAGAGACAGAUGUAUCUUAAAGGACAUUGAAUUCCUAUCAUUUGGAGAAAUCAUGGGAAUACUGUUAGUGAUAUUCUCAUUGAUUGGAGCAUGUUUAACCACUGCUAUAGCUAUUGUGUUCUUUCUUUAUAGAGAUACCCCCAUUGUAAGAGCUAAUAAUUCUGAACUCAGUUUCCUUCUUUUGUUUUCAUUAGCUCUGUGUUUCCUUUGUUCACUUACUUUCAUUGGCCAGCCCUCUGAGUGGUCCUGUAUGUUGCGCCACACUGCUUUUGGGAUCACAUUUGUCCUGUGCCUCUCUUGUGUUCUGGGGAAAACAAUAGUCGUGUUAAUGGCGUUUAGAGCUACACUUCCUGGUAAUAAUAUGAUGAAAUGGUUUGGGCCCGCCCAGCAGCGGUUAAGUGUUUUUUCAUUUACACUCAUACAAGUCUUGAUAUGUACACUUUGGUUAAUACUAUCCCCUCCUUUCCCUAAUAAAAACAUGCACUCCUUCAAAGACAGAAUCAUUUUAGAGUGUGACCUGGGAUCUGCUGCAGCAUUUUAUUCUGUGUUAGGGUAUAUUGGGUUUCUUGCUGCCAUGUGCUUUGUGCUCGCUUUUUUGGCUCGUAACCUACCAGAUAACUUCAAUGAAGGUAAAUUCAUUACAUUUAGCAUGCUCAUAUUCUGUGCUGUUUGGAUCACCUUCAUCCCAGCUUACAUCAGUUCACCUGGGAAGUAUACUGUAGCUGUAGAAAUAUUUGCAAUUUUAGCUUCUAGUUUUGGUUUACUUUUCUGUAUUUUUGUCCCUAAAUGUUUUAUAAUAUUACUGAAACCAGAGCUUAAUACAAAGAAACACUUGUUGGGCAAAAUGCCAUCAACAUCACAUUAGAAAUACAGUAGUAGGUAUACAGUAGACCUAUAUAAUACAUAGAAAUACAUAGAAUAGAUGAUUCCUAUAACCACCAUAUUUAUACUGUACCUAUAUACAGAAAAGUGACCUGAAAUAUCAUAGUACAAAUUUCAGCAUUAAACAAAUAGGAAAACAAUUAGAAGAGUAUAAAAACUCAAUUAGUGCAUACAUAAAUUGUAACGUCAUUAUAAAUGGUCUCAAAUAAUGUCAUUUAAUAACACAUGUAAUAAAUGUACUGAAGUAUGUUAUUUUUCUGCAUCAGUUGUGUAGACCUCUAGGUUUUUCUUCAUUGUUUGUUUUGGUUUAUGUAUGAAAAACAAUUUAAGAAUGCAAAUGAUCACUUAAUUAAAAAAAAAUGGUUUGA